AUGCCUAGCGCCAGUACUAUCUUAAUUCUGUGUGGGUCGGCGCUGAGCCCCUGGGCGCUGCAGCGGGACCCGCUGUUCGUGAAGCGCAAGGUGGCGGAGCAGACGGGCUGCCACGGGGACCUGCUGGACGACGACCUGGCGCCGUGCCUGCGCGCCAAGCCCCUGGCCGACCUCCUGGCCGUGCGCAUCGACGCCCCGCGCUUCCUGCCCGGCUUCGCGCCCUUCGUCGACGGCACGGUGCUGGCGCCGCCGCCGUCGGGCCCGCGGCCGCCACCGCCCUCCGCCUCCGCUGCCGCCGCCGCCUCCGCCGCCCGACCCGCCUGCUGCUGGGCACGCCCGGGCGCCGCGUCGCGCCGCCGCCGCGCGGCGCCGGCUGGCACUUCCCGAGGCGGGACCUACUCUUGCGCCUCACCACCACGAGUCCUACUGGACGCUCAGCGCGCAGUCUUUCUCGUCUUCCGUACUCCAAAACCAUCACCUCCGUUUGUUUCUUCUUCCCCCAGAGCUCUGUCCCAAGAAUGUCCCUCUCCCGACUUGGAGUACGGGCUGAACGAGAGCCGGCGCGACCGCAUCCUGCGCACGUACGUGCGCAACGCCUACUUCUUCCACCUGAACGAGAUCUUCUCGACGCUCAAGAACGAGUACACGGACUGGGAGCGGCCGGUGCAGAACCCGCUGUCGGUGCGCGACUCCACGCUGGAGGUGCUGAGCGACGGCCACACGGCGGCGCCGCUGGUGCGCGUCGGCUACCUGCACACGCUGCGCGGCGGCCGCACCUACUUCCUGCACUUCCAGCACCAGUCGGGCGAGCGGGACUUCCCGCAGCGGCAGGGCAGCGUGCGGGGCGAGGACGUGCCCUACGUGCUGGGGCUGCCCCUCGUCAACGGGCAACCCUUCUUCCCGCACAACUACACGCGCCAGGACGCCGCCGUGUCACGCCUGCUCAUCCACUACCUCGCCAACUUCGCGCGCAAGGGGUGA